GAAGAAAGCUUAAUAUAUAAAACCUCAAAACUUAAUCUAAAGCUUCAAUGUGGGCUGUUAAGAUACGGUUUAAUCUGCAGUAGGCGUGACGGAUUCGGCAAUGACCAAGUCAAUUAAAGCACACACAUCAGAACCAUCCACGAAAGACAAAUGCGUUGAAACGUUUGGAUUGGGACAGAAUUAAAAUGAAGAAUGCCUAGCCGGAUAUUGACCAGAAGGCCUAUCUUGCAAAAUAUAAAUCCUCAUCCACACAUUUUAUCUCUACAGCUGGAAAUCUGUACAUUUACAGCACAAGAAACCCUAAAUCAUGGAGAGAGAAUUGGGAGAAUUGCAAUUUCUGGACAUCGUGGGAGUAGUUGCAGAGGCCUUCAAAAUCUUGCGCUCUGCGGCGAAAUUACUGUGCGCCAUAACGCUUACCCUGCUUCUGCCCCUUUCCUUUGCGAUCCUCGGCCACAGUUUGAUUUCAGAGCCCCUGUUCAAGAAAAUCCUGAGGAACAAAUUACUUCUGCCAUAUGAGGAGGGCACAUCCAUGGAAAAGGAAACCCUACACAAACUUUAUGUGGAAAUUGGGGAACUUUUCCUUUUCGAAGCCGCAUACAUAUCUUUCGUCUUCGCCUUCUCGCUUCUGUCAACGGCUGCCGUGGUGUACACAGUGGCGAGUGUUUACACGCGCAAGGAAUUGACCUACGCUAGGGUUAUGAGCGUCGUCCCUAGGGUUUGGAAGCGCCUGAUUGUAACUUUUCUCUGGUAUUUUGCCGUCAUGCUCGCGUACUAUGUGGCCGUUCUCUUCGCCGUCUUCUGGUUGAUUUUGAUCAUCGGAAAGGAAAAUCUCAAAAGCGGGAGGUUUUUCUUCGGGCUUCUGGUAAUCACCAUCAUUUCGUUCUCUGUCCACGUGUACAUCGGCAUGGUAUGGCACGUUGCCUGCGUGGUUUCCGUUCUGGAGGAGCGUUGGGGUUUGGGGGCGAUGAAGAAGAGCAAAGAUCUCAUCAAAGGAUGGCGCGGCACAGCGCUGGCUUUGAAUAUUUUGUAUCUGUUGAUCAUGGGCGGAAUUGGAUGGUUUUUUCAGUACGGGGUUGUACACGGCAGGUAUCACCAGAUCGGCGCCGGCGAAAUGACCGCCAAUGCGGCGCUUCUGGUGGCGCUGCAGUGUGGGUUUAAUCUUCUGUGGUGGCUUGUUCAGAGCGUCUUUUACUUUGUCUGUAAAUCCUUCCACCAUGAGAGCAUUGAUAAAUCGGCUCUGUCAGAUCAUUUGGAGGCGUACCGAGGAUUGUAUAUGCCUCUCAAGGACAACAACAUUCAGCUGGAACAUUUUGACCCUUGAAAUUUUUUCAGCUAUGUACCUGCUUGGUCUCCAGUUCGAAUCGCAUUACUGUUGCUUGUGAAAGUCAAUUUAAUGUGUUGACUGGAGGGUUUAGGUUUUGGGCAUGGAGGUCCAACCUAACUACCUACACGCGUAGUUUCUGUAGUUCUAGUUUACAGUGAGUAAUUAUCAUGUAUUAUGUUCAUGGUGGGGUAGAUUUAAAUGUUAUGAUAUUUAUUUUUCUUUUA